AUGGAGGCAGUGCGGGAGGCGAUAAUGGUGGAGAGGAGUAGGGGUAAGAGGCAGAGGAUUGAGCAGGCGCCCGCCAGUGACCUGGGUGCGUUCGAGGGUGCUGCACUGCUGCCUCAAGAGCUCAUCUUGUCCGUCCUCGCCGCCGUGUCGGCCUCCGCGGACAAGCCUGCCGACUUCUUCUCCGCGAUGCUCACUUACGUGAUGCGUGAUCAGAGUGUAAGCUACGUACUAUACGUCGAUCGUGUCCUUGUUCUCUUUGGAAAGGAAAAUGAUGCUCGAGUUCCUGAUGGAAUUGAUCAUCGCAGGUGCAAGAAGUUCAUGAUGUUAGGGGAGCACCGGCAGGUGCGCAAGGUGGCGUCGGAGCUGUGCGUGGCCGUGCGCGCCGCAAGCUGCGGCGACGCUGGCAACCCUGACACCAACUACCUUCUCAGCAUGAUCCUGUUCUACUGCCUCGCCGAGGGCCAUCAGGGCUGGUCGCGGAUGAUGAAGGCUGCGAGGUCCAGCCACGCGGAGGCGAUCUACGCUCUCGCCAUCAUCCGGCUAAAUGGAAGCGGCGGCAUCACGGUCGACGACAGAGGCCAGCACGCCGCCGCGCACCUGUGUAAGGCCGCCGCGAACCUCUGCCACAUCGGCGCCCUCUGCGAGCUCGGCAACUGCGUCUCCCGCUGCCUUGGUGUCCCCAAAAAUAUCGCCAACGGCCGCCGCCUCAUCCUCAGGGCCAACUUGCAGGAGCUGUGCGCCAAGUACCCGCCCGGCCGGGCCCGCGCUGGAGGCCGCCCUCGCUCACAUCCGCAGUGGCAAUUGCCCCAAGCGUUGCACUGGAGGAUGGGGCACAAGGAGGAGUGCAUCCCCGUGCAGCAGUGGCUGCUCGUCGCGGUUGCCAAUGCGAACGCCAAAUCGCCAAUGCGCACUUUGCUUAAUUAA